UACUUCUUUUUGUUCUUGGCAUCCAUAGAUUUCCCUCGCCCUCUCUCACUCUCGCUCGCUCUUUCGCACGAUUCGGCAGAUCGAUUCGUUAAAGAGCAUCGACUGGUUCUAGUGCUCAUCCAUGUCGUUCGGAAUCGCCGGCGGAUCCGGUGUCGUCGUUCCUCGGAACUUCAGGCUGCUUGAUGAGCUUGAGCGAGGAGAGAAAGGUAUAGGCGACGGGACUGUUAGCUAUGGGAUGGAGGAUGCAGAUGACAUCUACAUGCGCUCCUGGAGUGGGACUAUAAUUGGUCCUCACAAUUCGGUUCAUGAAGGGAGGAUUCAUCAAUUGAAGUUGUUUUGCGACAAAGAGUAUCCAGCCAAACCACCAACUGUGCGCUUCCACUCUCGAAUAAAUAUGGCUUGUGUUAACCCUGAUACAGGACUGGUAGACCCAAAGAAAUUCAGCAAGCUGGCAAACUGGCACAUUGAGUCCACAAUGGAGCACAUUCUGACUCAAUUGAAGAAGGAAAUGGCUGCACCAUAUAAAAGGAAACUUCCCCAAUCUCCUGAAGGUUCCUUCUUCUGAACAAGGUGGCUAAUACUAAAGACAACAUCCUGUUACCCUCUAUUUAGAGGUGUCGGUAUGUUGGCAACCUUGAAGUAGCGUGACAAUCCUACUUACUGCUGUUAUUAACAACAAAGUCAUUGCUAAGUUUAGUUUGGUAUAGUCCUUGAUAGUAAGCAUUCAACCCCAACAACCCGGAUCAAGUAUCAAUACAGAGAGGCAUAACUUGUUGGAUCAAUGAACACAAAGGUCUUUUUUUGUUGGCUCACUUGCAUUCUUUUGUAUUUUACUUUGAAAGGUUAUUAUUUUGUUCAUUUUUUGUUGAGCAUUUCUUAUGCCUAUACCACAAGCAGUUAAAAGGCAACAAUGAUAUCAAAUUGUUGUAUGGUAAAUAGAUGAAGAUAUUGAAUACAUCGACGACACUUAAAUCACAAAACAAAAAACCACUAUCUAUAUAUGGAUCAAAAAUCAACGGAGGAAGGCAAAAUUUUAGCUAGAUCAAAGAUGGCAUGGAUAUAGAGGUCCUUCUUUCUUAGUCAAAUAAAAAAUCAAUGAAAAGCAAGCUGUUUAAA